AUGCGAGGGUAUCAUCAUGCAUGUCUACUGCCUUACAUCAACUUAAAAGGGUUGACGGAAAACCCUGUGAUGUUUCUCAGUCUGUUGCAGAACCGCACCCAAUAUUCCUCUGAGCAGUGGGCCCCUAUGAUAAUUUCAUUCUUGAAAAACAUUGGGACAUGGGCUCUCUGGCUCUCGAUUACAACAGUGGACAUCUGUCGGGUUUCCAAGAGCUAUCCUGAUUCUCGAGCACAAACACAUCUUCUUUCAUUCCUUCGAUCCACGGUUGAGCAAAUUCUUGGUUCUACAACUGGCUAUCCUAUGAAAAGCCAAAUAAGCUCAUUCAAUAAAGUAUACAGCUUUGGCUCAACGACUUUGAAUGGACAAUUUGACUCCAUACCAGGAGCAGCUUCCUGCUAUUUGUAUCAGUUAUUCUCGGCGCCGGCUAUUUUUGAUAUUGAUCAUCUGUUGAAUAUCGCCAAGACAAGACAAGCUCUACAAGGAGACCAUCUUCGAUUUCUAUAG